AUGUCUUAUAGCUUUUUAUUCAAGUACAUCAUCAUAGGUGACACAGCUGUAGGCAAAAGCUGUCUGCUUCUUCAAUUUACUGACAAACGAUUCCGAUCAGACCACGAUUUAACCAUCGGCGUAGAGUUCGGAGCAAAAGCAAUUCUCGUUAAUGGCAAAGCAAUUCAUCUUCAAAUUUGGGACACAGCUGGACAAGAAAGCUUCAGAAGCAUCACAAGAGCAUAUUACAGAGGUGCAGUAGGAGCUCUGCUUGUAUUUGAUAUGACAAGAAGAAGCAGUUUUGCAAGUCUACACAAGUGAUUAGAAGAAACCAGAAAUAAUGGAAACCCUGAAAUGGUGAUUUUACUUGUCGCUAACAAAUGUGAUUUAGAUAGUGAAAGGACAGUGACUCGAGAGGAAGCCCUGGAGUUCGCUGAAGCUAAUCAAUUACAAUAUAUUGAAACAUCUGCGAAAACAGGCGUGAAUGUUGAAGAAGCAUUCACGAUUGUGGGGAGAGAAAUUGUGAAUAGGAUUGACAAUGGAGAAAUCGACCCCUGCCAGCACUUUGGAAUUAAAGUGGGGCAAGAAUUCAAGAAAAACUCGAUGUCUAAAGGAUGUUCAUGCUAA